CGGCUCCUUCUGCGCCCACCGUCGCCUUUAACUCCCCCCUCCUCCGUUACCGUCUCCCCCCUUCCCACCUCCCCCACCCGCCGCUCAUCAACAUUCAACAGGAAUUCGAUUUGAUUUCGAUUGUUUGAUUGCAACUCUGCUCUGCUGCGGGAGAGGCCUCCACCACGCUCUCGCCGGGGCAGCUGUUCUUCGAUUUUAGGGUUUGCGAAGCCCUUGGAUUUCGCGUAGGGAGAGCCUCCUCCCGGCCGUCUGAUGGACGCGAGGGAGAUGUGAAGCCUGGCUGUUAACUGAUGCUCGUGGAGAGAUUCGGAGGAGAGGAGCGCGCGGUGAGGAGGCGGUGGAGGCGGAAGCGCCGGAGAGUUGGGCACCAGCGCAGCCACGGACGACGCGCAGCCGCCGGGGGUCGAGGCCUGGAACAGGGCUGCUCCGCCCCUGACGGCCGCCGCCGCCGCCGCCUCCAUGGGGGAGUCGCUGCUCACCGCGCUCUCCAUGGACACCGCCACGGCCCACCACCCGCACCAGGGCCCCUCCACCUUCCUCUCCAUGGACACUGCCUCCCACGACGAGUUCGACCUCUUCCUCCCGCCGCCAGGCCCCUUCCAGCGCUGCCUCCAUGCCGCCGCAGCCGCCCCCCCUGACAUCAACCUCCCCCUCGCCGCCGACCCGUCUCCUCCCCCUCCGGCCCUGCAGACCACCACCCUCCAUGAGUCCAACGUCGACAUGCUAGAUGUUGGCCUCGGCUGCCCGCAGCUCUAUGACUCGGACUCGCCUGCUGCUGCCGCCGCGACCUCCGCCCCGGUGUCCACCACAACAACUGUCCAUGUGUCUCACACCAAGAGCUCCGGUUCCAGCGCCGCGCGCAAGUGCGUGAAGCGGAACGAUAGCAUCUGGGGUGCAUGGUUCUUCUUCACCCACUACUUCAAGCCGGUCAUGUCGGCUGAUAAGGGCGGCAAGACGAAGGCACCCACUGCUGCCGGGAAUGGUAAUAGUGCCACACUGGAUGCUUUCCUGGUGCAGCAUGACAUGGAGAACAUGUACAUGUGGGUGUUUAAGGAUCGGCCGGAGAAUGCCCUGGGGAAGAUGCAGCUGAGGAGCUUCAUGAAUGGUCACUCGCGCCUCGGGGAGCCACAGUUUCCUUUCAGCGCAGACAAAGGGUUUGUGCGCUCACACCGGAUGCAGCGUAAGCACUACCGGGGGUUGUCAAACCCGCAGUGCCUUCAUGGGAUUGAGAUCGUGCGGGCACCAAACUUAGUGGGUGUUCCUGAGGCCGAUAUGAAGAGGUGGUUCGAGCUCACCGGGAGAGAUGCCAAUUUCUCCGUUCCCACUGAGGCGGAUGAUUUUGAAUCAUGGAGGAAUCUGCUGACCACGGAAUUUGAGCUCGAGAGGCCUGCAACUGCUGCUCCAGCAAAGAGCACCUCACAUGGCCAUCACAAGAAGGUGCUGAAUGGUUCUGGCCUUAACCUGUCGACACAUGCAUCAAAACAUGGUUCUGGGGAUGGUAUGGACAUCUCAGCUGUCUGCCACAAACGUAGGAAGGAUUCCUCCCCCUCUGCCAUGGAAGAGGAUUGCAGCAAUUCAAAUUCAGACAAGGUUCAGGAUAUGGAUGUGAGCCACACUUUUGAGCCAUCAUGGACAAAUGACUUCACCGGUGUGAUGCGUCAUGCUUCUGGGCCAGUAACUGCCGCAAAAACAAUAUAUGAAGAUAGCAAGGGCUACUUGAUCAUCAUUAGCCUGCCAUUUGCUGAUAUACAGAAGGUGAAGGUUACCUGGAAGAACACUCUUACGAAUGGCGUCGUUAAGAUAUCAUGCACUAGCGUGGGACGGAUGCCAUUCUUGAAGCGACAUGAUCGGACCUUCAAGUUGACGGAUCCUUCACCUGAGCAUUGUCCACCAGGGGAGUUCAUCCGGGAAGUUCCAUUGCCUACCCGGAUCCCAGAAGAUGCUACUCUGGAAGCAUACUGUGAUGAAUCAGGAACAGGCCUAGAGAUUAUUGUCCCUAAACACCGUGCUGGACCUGAAGAACAUGAAGUCCGUGUGUCCCUGAGGCCUCCCUCAUCAUGGUGCCAAUGAAAACAUGUUGAAGUAUGCGGGGAGACAAGGUGUGGAUGUUACCAUACAACAAAUGCAGCUCAGUUUUGCUAAUUGUGACGGAGCAGUCCUAGUCGAUUGAAGCAUUCUGGUAGUUGGAAGUUGGCAGCUGUGGAAAUUUAGGGGCAUGCUACAGGCCACAAGGAGCAUAUCUGGAUUACUCACUCGCCCUAUGUUUUGGUAUCGUUGCUGGGAGUACCUUGUGUAUUAUCUUUUGCUUUUGUGGAAUUUUUCUUUGUAUGAAAGGUUUGUCGCCUGCUCAAUGUGCUUCCAUUCCAUCUGUGCAUUACUCUGGCGAGCAGUCUGUUUAGGCAUUUAUAGUUAGUUUUCAUAGGUUGGUGAGAAGUCUGCUUUGUGGGCGUUCCUGGAAACUUCAUCCAGGAAAGGAGUUCAUGCAAGUGUUUCUAGGAUUUGUCCAUGUUUUGUGGGUACUAUAUUGUUUUUAUUAGCAUUCAAACGCUUUCCAGAAAUUGGUGGGAGGCGAGUGCAAUUGUUUCAAGGUACCAGUGUAAACAAUCUGUCAUCAAUAUAGAUUUUAGUCUUUAUCAGUUA